CGGGCUGAAAUAUUCAGAAAAUUCGUAAGCUCAGACCGAUACGAGGACCCCACGGUUUCCCACAGCAUAUAAAUACAGAGAAACGCUCCCCUCCCCCCACUCUCUCUCUACACUAACAUUUUCUCUCUCUCUAUACAUUCACAGUAGCAGAGAUCGAAGUUGCGCUCCGCUUCGGACCAGGGAGAAGGUUGAGAAGAAUGGGGUGGAUCGGCGACACCAUGGACUCCAUCAAAUCUAUCCAGAUCAGACAACUUCUUGGCCAAGCGGUCAGCCUCGGCAUGAUUGUUACCGCAGCACUGAUUAUAUGGAAAGGAUUAAUGUGUAUUACUGGUAGCGAAUCUCCAGUUGUAGUCGUGCUUUCUGGCAGCAUGGAACCUGGCUUCAAAAGGGGUGACAUUCUGUUCCUGCAUAUGAGCAAAGAUCCUAUUCGCGCUGGAGAAAUAGUAGUUUUCAACAUUGAUGGGCGGGAAAUUCCAAUUGUUCAUCGAGUAAUCAAGGUCCAUGAGCGUGAAGAUACUGGGGAAGUUGAUGUCCUCACGAAAGGAGAUAAUAAUUUUGGGGAUGACAGGCUUUUGUAUGCUCAAGGUCAGCUCUGGCUCAACAGACACCAUAUUAUGGGAAGAGCAGUCGGGUUCUUACCUUAUGUAGGUUGGGUGACAAUUAUCAUGACUGAAAAGCCCAUUAUCAAGUAUAUACUCAUAGGUGCAUUGGGGUUGCUGGUCAUAACUUCCAAAGAUUAGGGACUCUUGAUGGUUUUCAUUACCUGACUGCUCCCUAACUAAGGAACCUUACUAGAUUUUGAGCAAAUCCCCAUGGCAUGGGCACAUAUUCUGUAAACUGGUUUUUUGCUGAGACAGAAUGUAGAUCUGCAAUUGACCACAGCAGUCCUCUCUUUGACUCAUCUUUAUAUUUAUUUUCAAUGAAAUGAUUGGCAUAAAAUUUUCAUGA